AAUGCCUGUGAUGUUUAUUGCCUUGUUAACCUUCGUAAAGCCCGCGGAAAAUAUCAACAACACGAUGGAAAUAGAAGUUACCGAACAAUCUUUAAAAGUUUCUGAUGAAAAUCAACCGUUUAUCGAUUCGGAAGAAAUAAAUUUUGGUAGUGAGCCGGAUGAAAGUGAAUCACAGCAAAACCAAGUUUCCCGAGAAAGAAUUGAAGACGAGGUUGAAGAUGUCAAUAUAAGUAUCGAUGAAGAGGCGCAAGAGGUGAUUGAAGAGAACGAAAAUCUCGACAAUGUCAUCACUGGUCUGGUAGAUCCAUCAACAGCUGCUUCCGCAAAAAAUACGAAUGAACCGUCGGAACCUCGCUUGGUUAACUUCCCAUUGAGCAAGGUAAAACAGAUAAUGAAAUUUGAUCCAGAUGUACAUAUUGUCACCGCAGAAGCUAUAUUUUUGGUCGCUCGAGCGGCUGAGUUAUUUGCUCAAACUCUUGUUAAGGAAGCGCACACCCAUACUACGGCUAGAAAAAAGAAAACCAUUGCCAAGAGCGAUGUUGAUGCAACCGUCGAAUCUGUUGAUACAUUGAUGUUUCUUGAAGGAAUGAUGAGCGUUUAAUGGUUAGUUAUUGGUAAUUAAUAUUAAUAUUUGGAAUAAUUUUAAAACUGAUGUUUCAAAACAUUAAAUUGAUAUUGAA